GCCGGCUGUUGACAGCGUCCAUCCCUACCCAUAACCCCCACUCCUCCGUCCCUGCUGCCCAUUGGCACAGCAGCAGCAGCAGGAGGACCAGAGGAGGACCAGGACCAGGAAGGGGGAGGGCCUGGAGAUGUGAGCUCCUCUGAGACGGAGCCGUUAGUGAGAGAGAGCUCCAGAGUCCGGCGGAGAGCGCUCGGCUCGGAUUACCAGGUGUUUGUGAGCAGCGUCAGGCCUCUCCAUCUCCAUCUCCAUCUCCAUCUGAAGUGCAGCCACCACAGAAGAAGAAGAACUCUUGUGGACUCUGUCGAGCGUGGAGGCCACACACACACACAGAGAGGAGAGGAACAUGGACUCGUGCGCCUGCGCUUUGGAGCUGCUGGGGAUGCUGAUCUACGUGGCGGCGUGGCUGUGCGCUCUGGCCACCACCAUCCUCCCCCAGUGGCUCACCAUGUCCACGGCGCUGCUGCCCGUGGAGAGCUACGAGCUGGGCCUGUGGGAGACCUGCGUGGUCCAGGACGUCGGCGGCAUGGAGUGCAGAGCUUACGACAGCCUGCUGGGCCUCUCCAGUGACCUCAAGCUGGCCCGCUUCCUCAUGUGUGCGUCCCUCACCGUGGGCAUGCUGGGAAUUCUGGUCUCCAUACCUGGACUCUACCUGGUCAACAGCUGUAACGAGCACAGAGCCUCCAAGAGGACUUUAACCACCGUAGGAGGGGUGCUGGGGGUGAUCUCCGGGGUGCUGUGUCUCAUCCCCGUGUCCUACAUGGCCCAUCUAGCCGUGAUACACUUCUUCGACGAUAAAGUGCCGGACGUGGUGCCGCGGUGGGAGUUCGGCGACGCCUUGUUCUGCGGCUGGGCCGGAGGGUUCCUGCUCAUCGUGGCCGGGCUCCUCCUGGUCACCUCCUGCUCCUGCUCGCAGGUGGAGCCGCAGCCGGUGCUGCAGCAGCAGCGCCGGUACCAGGUCAUGAGCACGGACGUGUCCUUCAGGAAGCGCUCAGAGUACGUUUAAAAAAGGACAGAAUUAGACUGACAGCAAAACACACAAUCACCUGUAGAGCUGCACUCCAAACUGCUUUAACAUAAAGAUCUGGUUUUAUAUCAAAGAUCCUGUAGAAGGGCUCAUUUAUCGCCUGCGUUGAUCAAAUGUUUUGUGAAUUCUUGCAGCUAUAUUUUAAAUGACUCGCCUGCAACAUGACAUUUUAAAGGAACCUGCUGUGACCGGUAGAAAUGAAUAUUUUUUUAAAGAUAUGUUUUAUAAAAAUCCUUUAUAUUCCUUAUCCUGAGGAUCUUUCUCUCAUCAGUGCCAACAGAUUUCAAAUGUUUUUAGUUUAAAAAAAUGCUGUGAUUGUAAGUUAUUCUUAAUACUUAAACAUUAUAGAAAGCACAAGUUGUUCUGUGCCUGGUUAGGUUUGAUUAUGGGCUGUAUUGUGCAGCACAUUCAGAUGAUUCACAUUUUGAAAUUAUAUUAAAAAGUUGUUUUUUUCAUGUAAAAAAAG